CAGUAAGCUCAGCCGUGGAGCCAAGGUCUCUCCUGCAAGAGACUCAGAGAGAGAGAGAGAGAGAGAGAACAGAGUGAGGAGAGAGAAAAUCAAUGGCGAUUUCAUCAGUUUGUGCAGCAACAUGUCUACAACUUCCAUCAUCCAACUUGUCCGCCAUUAAUGCUAAGCCCAAGCUUUCUCUUCUCUCUUUGCCCUCUAUUGCCUUAACGCUAAAACCACUAAAACCCUCUCAACAAUCUACUUUUAAGGUUUUUGCUGCUCCUGAAGUGUUGGAUUCUCAAGAAACCCUAGAUGGGUCUGACUCUGCUGCCCUUGAGGUUGAAGGUCCGGAGCCUCCUCCUGGUUCUUCGCCUCUCAGUAUUGGGGCGGAUGUUGAUAAGAUGGCACCAAAGCAGAAAAUCAGAAUUAAACUGAGGUCAUAUUGGGUGCGAUUGAUAGAGGAUUCCUGCAAGCAGAUAAUGGAUGCUGCAAGGACAACCAAUGCGAAGACCAUGGGUCCUGUGCCAUUACCAACCAAGAAGCGAAUUUACUGUGUACUUAAAUCCCCACACGUGCACAAAGAUGCCAGGUUCCAUUUUGAGAUCAGAACUCAUCAGCGCCUCAUCGAUAUUCUAUACCCGACUGCUCAAACGAUAGAUUCCUUGAUGCAGCUUGACCUUCCUGCUGGGGUUGAUGUGGAAGUCAAGCUUUGAGGAAGCAUUGCUGCAGCUUCAAUGAACACUGUAUGCUCAUACUUCAUUGAAAAAGAAGAGAGUGAGUUGUAUGUUCACUCUCUCUUUCAAUGUGCCUUUUUGACUUUGGAAGUUGCAACUACCUCUAAGGCAAACACUGUUGGAAAAGAAUGUGGUAGAUUUGAAGUUUUGUAUAAUAGUUUGAUUUGUUUUUCAAGCCUGGUUUUCUGAUACUUUGCGUUUACAAUGUGAGUUUGUUUCAUGUC